AUGGCGCUCUCGACCUCGGCUCCUAGCGAUGCCAAUAUGACGGCAGAUCAGAAGCUUUAUUGGCUUAACGCACUUCAUGUGGCUGGUGAUUGGUCGGUACAUGACGAUGGUGAUGGACGAUUGUUUUAUUACGACUGCAGGACAGACUCGUCUCAAUGGGAAGUACCGGAAAAUCUCGUGUCGCUCGAGAUCGAGUUUAUGACGAAGCUCAUGCUGCAGAACGCCGUGGCACGUUCCGGUGAUUGGACAGCACAUGAUGCAGGCAAUGGCACACUUUAUUACUUUAAUGCAAAGACUCGUGUCUCGGCGUGGGAACGUCCGAGUGAGUGGGGCGAGGCGGAGGCUGUUGCAGCUACAGCUGCAGCUGUAGAAGCUCGUGAAAAGGAAGUGUCUGAGGCAGAGAGGGAGAAGGAGAAGAAACAGGAGAAAGAGAAGGCGCUCCAAAAGGAGAUGAAGAAACAGAGAAAGCACAAGAAACACCGGGAGAAACAGGCUGAGCUGAAGAAGGAAAAGGAGGAAAUAGAGAAGAAACUUGUGCAGGAGGAGGAAGAGCCGCUGACAGCGGAGGAAGUACUGGCAGAACAGGAGCACAAUGCACGGAAACAAAAGUGGAUCGAGCAGUUUGUCGCCAUGCUGCGUGACAAGAACAUCAUGCCUUUUUGCAAGUGGUCAGUAGCUCUACCACAGAUCGCUGGAGAUCCACGCUUUAUGGGUGUACCGACGAUGGACGAGAGACGCGCGAUUUUUGAGCACUUCGUUGAACACCGUCGGGAAGAUUUAAAGGUGGAAAAGAAGAGUAAGCUGAAGCAUGCAAAGCAAGUGUUUACGCAACUUUUGCGCGAACAGUUUCAGUUGGACUCGUGGGAACCCAAGACUACGUUAAGCGUCUUUUUGUCGACACUUGAAGAUACUCUUGAGCCUGAACGAUACAAGCAGGUUCAAGACGAUGCACUCGCCUUCUUGACCUUGUCUACUCAAGAGAAGAUGUAUUCAAAGGCAGUAGCAGAAUAUAAGUCGGAAGCGCUAAAGCGUGAUGGGGAACAGCUGCGGCUUACAAAGUUUCUGGAAGAUAAGCUGGUGAUGGAGGAUACAUUGAUACUGCAAUGGGAGGGUGACGAGGUUCAAAAGCUGAUUCAUGAAUUUUACAGCUCCGUAUUUUCGAGUGGCAUGCUACUGUCAGAGCAAAAGCAGAGGCAGGUGUUUGAAGAGUUAAUAGCGCGAAAGGCUUGCGAGAAACGCGAGGGGGUAAGUGUCAAGCAAUUAGAACGCUUACCGCUAAGGCGUCCUUCGCAGGACCAUUCGACGGACAAGGGGAACGACUUGGGUCCACGGCGAGAGCGACAUACUUCGAAUUACGAUCGUCAUCGAUCUCGUUCUCGUUCCCGUCGUAGGCGCUAUCGCAGCGGCAGUCGGUCGCCUUCUCGUGAGCGUGAAAAGCGAUAUCGCAGCAGAAAAAGCAGUCGUCGACGCUCCCCAACAUCUUCGUCGCGCUCGCGCUCCCGAGGGCGAUCGUCUCGGAGAUUUUCUAGACACAGUCGUCACUACUCAUCUUCGCCCUCUAGGUCCCGCUCCAGGUCUUGCUCACGAACGCGCUGA